AUGGGGUGUGCUUCGUCAGCGAAGAAAGCCGGAACUCCAAGUCAGACGGACAAGCAAAGCUACGAGAUGCGGCUGCUGGACGAAUACUCUGUUGGCCUGACGUUGGGGGAAGGAGCUUUCGGCGUGGUGUCGGUGUGCAAGAGAAGGGCAUCCGGCGAAGAGUUUGCAGUAAAGAUGGUGGACAAGGUGGAGACGCCCGUGGAAGCCAUCAAGAAAGAGGCCGAUAUGCUUCAGAGCAUGGACCACCCCAACAUCGUGAAGUUCCACGGUGUGUACUAUGAGAGGUGCUUUGUGUGCAUAGUGAUGGACAAGCUGGAUGGCGGAGACUUGGUCGAGGGCCUGCAGCGACAUCUGAAGGAACGCGGUCAGAUCAACUGCCUGGAUGUGGUGCAUGUGGC